ACACUAAUAAAUGAAUUGUAUUCCUCCACAUAUUCAAGACUUGAUCAUACUAGUGGUAAUGCAUUCUUUAUAGAAGAUACUGAGUACUGGGAACCUGAUAGUAAUACUGAUGGUAUAUACCAACAAUUAUCUGAUAGGAAAUACAUAGAAAUUAUAAGACACCAAAUAAAAGUAACAGAUUAUUUAGGAUCAGGACAGUUUGGUACAGUUAAUAAAGGAGUAUGGACUACACCUACUGCUGGAUCAGUGUCUGUUGCUAUUAAAACACUUAAUGAUAAUACUUCAGAGGAUGAGAGAGUAAAGUUUCUACAAGAGGCAGCCAUUAUGGGUCAGUUUCAUCAUCCUAAUGUUGUUAAACUACAUGGAGUGGUCACCAUUGGACAUCCUAUAAUGAUAGUACUGGAAUUGAUAUCUGGAGGUGACUUGAAAGAGUAUCUUAACAAAUUUAAACCAUCUCCUGGGGAGUUAGUAUUAUCAUCAGUUCCUUCUAUUUUGCUCUCAUUAUGUCGUCAAAUUGCUUCAGGAAUGGAGUACUUGUCAAGGAAGAAGUUUGUUCACAGAGAUCUUGCAGCAAGAAAUAUAUUAGUAUCAGAUGAAGGAACAGGAAUAUGCAAGAUUGCUGACUUUGGUAUGUCAAGGGAUCUACAAGAUGAAUCUUAUUAUAUUUCACAAGCAAAAAAGAUUCCAAUAAAAUGGACAGCACCAGAAGCAUUACAUUAUAAGAAAUAUUCGAGUGCUAGUGAUGUGUGGAGUUAUGGAGCUGUAAUGUAUGAGAUUUGGUCUUUAGGACAUAAACCAUUUGAAAUAUACACUAACCAAGAA